CUCUUAUUAAAUCUCUCGCAGAACCCAGACGAGCUCUUUAGUCUGAUACAGAAAACCCAAAAAGCCCUAAAGCAGCGAAGAAGACGAAGCAGCAGCUCAGAAAUCGAAUAUGAGUCGCGGUAGUGGUGGAGGUUACGACCGUCAUAUCACGAUCUUCUCACCCGAAGGUCGUCUCUUUCAAGUCGAGUAUGCAUUCAAGGCUGUGAAGUCUGCUGGGAUUACUUCGAUCGGUGUCAGAGGGAAGGAUUCAGUAUGUGUUGUGACUCAGAAGAAAGUCCCGGACAAGCUCUUGGAUCAGACCAGUGUGACUCAUCUUUUUCCCAUUACGAAGUUCCUAGGGUUGCUGGCUACCGGCAUGACAGCUGAUGCAAGGACCCUAGUAUCACAAGCAAGGAAUGAAGCAGCUGACUUCCGAUUCAAAAAUGGAUAUGAGAUGCCUGUGGAUGUAUUGGCUAACUGGAUUGCAAACAAAUCACAAGUCUAUACUCAACAUGCCUAUAUGAGACCACUGGGAGUAGUUGCUAUGGUGUUGGGUGUUGAUGAAGAGACCGGACCUCAACUAUAUAAGUGUGACCCAGCUGGUCAUUACUUUGGUCAUAAGGCAACAAGUGCUGGAUUGAAAGAACAAGAGGCAAUUAAUUUCUUAGAGAAGAAAAUGAAGAAUGAGCCUUCCUUUACUUACGAGGAGACUGUGCAGACUUGCAUUUCUGCACUGCAGUCAGUUCUGCAAGAGGAUUUCAAGGCCACCGAAAUUGAGGUUGGAGUGGUGAGAAUGGACAAUCCCGCUUUUACAGUGUUGUCCACUGAAGAGAUUGAUGAGCACUUGACUGCCAUAAGUGAGCGAGAUUGAUUUUCUGGGCAAGAACGGAUACUGUAUGGAGGGUUGUUUUUCAAUGUGAUAAAAUGCUGGAUGCUUUUCUCUCCCCCUGGGAAUAUCAUAUGCUUAUUUUUAUCGUUAAACAAUUGCUUAAGCAACUUGCCUGGGAUCUAUAACUCUUAUUAGCUGAAAUUACUACAAUUGUACUGUCAUGCUUCUUAAAGUCUUGUAUUCCCUUGAAUUUAGCUAUUACCAUAUUUAUUUUGACAA